GAGGGGGGAGAAAAAAAUCAGCUUGGACAUUCCCAGCCUGCGGAAUAUAGCGAGGUUGUUUUUACGCGCCGGGAUCUCUCAUAAUAGAAAGACUUAAUAAAGCGAAGAGAAUAAGUUGAAGAAGGAGAUAAUGGCGGCUUUUUGUUAGAAACUGGAGUGGGGAAAGUUUUUUUUUGGUUUUUUUUGUGCCGGAGGAUGCAAAGAGGAAGCACAUGCAGGAAAGGAGCUGAGGACUAUGUAGGAAUUCCCGACUGAAGUCAUGGGUUCGGAGGCAAUGGAGGACUGCGUGCAGGGGGCGCUCUCGUCCCUUUAUCCCCCUUUUGAGAGCACGGCGCCACCCCUCCUAUCCCAGGUCUUUUCAGUCCUGGAGUCCACCUAUCAGCACGACAGUCUACGCUACCUCCUGGAUUACUUCGUCCCCGCCAAGCACCUCCUGCACAAACUCCAGCAGCACGCCUGUUCUCAGUACCUGGGCUGCUUGUUCCUCCACUCCGGCUGGCCCCUGUGUCUCGGCGAGAAGGUGGUCGUCCAGCUUUCCACCUUGGACUGGAGGCUCCUGCGCAGUAACGACUUCUAUCUGCAGGUGGUGCCCUUCUCCACGCGUUGCCCCCGGCUCGCUCUGAAAUGCCUGGCCCCCGGGGGUCGCACCGUUCAGGAGAUCUUGGUGCCGGAGUCACAGCACCCGCUUGUGUUCACCACUGAGUGGCUGCACAGCAUCAACAAAGAACGAGGCCACAAGAGAGAAGUUGGAGGAGGACUGGACACCUGCCUGGUCAGCACCUGUGAUGGUGUGGUACGACUCCCGUGGAAGGAGGUCGUCUACCCAAAAUUCAUCCACGACCCUUCCGAGGAGCUUGGCCUGAUGUCCAACCGCGACAAACGCCUGCCCAGCGAGGGGGGCAGCAGCCUCGGGGGCUGGGGUGGCUCGUCCUCCGGAGAACCUGACUCCUGGUCCUGGGAUGAGGAGGAAGAUGAUGGUGUACCACCCGACGGUUUGAACCAUGGGCCUGCGCUUCCCAGACGAAGGCGCAGCGAGGACGGGCUCGGGCGGACUGCAAGGCACCCUCAGCUGGACGGGGACUACGUUGAGCUGUUGGAGCCCAGAGUGGGUCCUGAUGGAGGGGUCGAUACAAAGCAGAGGUACCUGGAGAUGCAUGGGAUUUGUAAGACCAAGACUUUGCCUCUGGUCCGGAGGGGUAAAGCUAUAAAACUCAGGAAGGGUAGAGCUUGGGGAUAUGGGAGACUGGAAGGAUCAGGAAGCUUUCGCUCUGUCCUCGGCGCCAAAAGAGACGCAGUAUCCCCAAAAGGGGACAUGUUACCACCACGGCCUCCAUUGGUGGUCCCUGAACCUGGGAGAGGGAGGCGCUCAUACUCUUCUUCUGUCCACGACUCAGACGAAGGAGAUAAAAUAGGCAGAGACUCGGAAGGCGUGGAAAGCCAUCAACUGUUUUUUGAUGGUCCAUCCAAAGAGAGAAAGCCCGGCGUGGGCAAGGAGAGAGACAGCAACAGUCUCCCACAACCGUGCAGAGAAGACCACACGGGUAAAGACUCAGAGACCGGCCAAAGGUUGGUCCCAAAUGGAAACGUUGACACGACGAACACCAAAAUUGGACUUGUUAUAGAGGGCCACUCUGAUCAUGGAUCUCAUUCAGACUCUGUUUUCGAGGACGCCUACAAACCGCCGAGUGGAGACAGCGAUGCCAUCACUCCGACGUCAGACGCACCCGAGAGGCCAUUCACUGGGGUUUUGGAAAGUGAAGAAACGACCAACAGUGGAUCUAAAACAUCAAACCCAAAGAACCCAGAAGAAAGGGACGAAGGAAAGACAGAGGAAAGAGUGUGUCCCAGGGGAAAGGAAGUGAAAACAGCAGGAUUCAGAGCACCAAGGAGGAAAAGGAAGGGAAAGGGGGCCAAAAGUAGGGCAAGGUCUGGGGGUCGGGCACACCAGAAAGGAUCAAAACAGCAGGGUAAAGCUUUGCAACCAAGUCCCAACGUCUCCUCUGCUUUGGCGAACCCGCCAAUCACAGAGGAGAACCAGUUGGAGCAAAGAGAACCGGCAGAUGAACCUGAUGGAGUGCCCACUUCAACUAAUGAGGCAACAGGGGGCACAAGGAUAAGCAGUACAGACACAGACGUAGAUUCCAUGCCAAUCUGCAAUGGCCAAUCGGGCACAUCCUUACUUAACAGCUCAAAUGACGAGACAGGUUCAGGAGAGACAAGUCCAGACCAACUAAACGGUGUUUUAACUAAAGACCCCCCUCUUCUGAGAGAGCUGGACUCAGAGCUUCUCCAAUCAGGGAAGCUAAAGUUGACAGGUACGGUGGACAGGCUGGGACGUGCUCUGGUGGUGACGGAGACGGAUGCAUCAGAGGAGAGCCAAUCUGAGGAGGAGAUGGCCCGGGUCCUGGCCUGUUACCACAGAAUCACACGGCCUGAAGCCAAAGAAAAAGGUCUCACGGUGUUAAUGGACAGCAGACGCUUUCCGCCCUCCCCUCUCUGCCUCUCUGCACUUAAAUUGUUCCAGGUGUUGGUUCCUGGCGGUCUGGGAUCUGCUCUGGUUCUUGUGGAGGAGCAGCAGCAGCAGCAGCAGGAGACCCCGUCUUAUAACCUGGAAGGAGCAGAGGUCCACACGGUUCGAGGAACAGCGGUCCUUCAGCAACACGUGGACAAGCAGCAGCUGCCCGCCGAGAUGGACGGAGACUUCACACACUGUCACUCAGACUGGCUGGUCUUCAGACUCAGCCUGGAGAGUCUGACGGAGCGCUGUGAGAGCGCCCUCUCACUGCUGGGAGAGGCAUUGCAGUCUUUGGACACCGAGCCGAUGCCAGACAACAUCAAGGCUGUUCCUCUUAGCAUUGACAAACACAGACAGCUCAUGGCGAGCGUCCUGGCCGACCAACGUUUAACCGAAUUGCAGCAAAGGGGCGGGGCUUGGCUCGCAGGACUGACCAACAGCACGUCAGGACUGGCUCAGAAGUCACCAGACUGCAGGGCUGCUCUCACCGCGACUUCAAAGCUCUACGACAGCGUGGAUGACGCCCUCCACCGACUGGUCCGAGUGUCCAACCAGAGAGGUCGCGACCUUGAAGCUCUGGGGCGGCUGGCGGGGCUAGUGGACAAACUGGAGAAGUGCGAUAAGGAGAUUGAGCAAGUCCAGUCCCGGCUGGACGACUACAAGGAGCCUCCUCUGUCCCUCAGCAGGCUGUCACUCAAACAGCAGAAGUUCAAGACGUUUAGAGAAACAGCCAAUGAUCUGCACAGCGAGACUCUGUCGGUGCUCAGCGAUUUGGAGGGCUGGUGCGAGCUGGACUGGGCGGGCCUGAGCGACGUCCAGAUCCGUCUGCCUCCGGUCAGGGAGAAGCUGAGAGACAUGUCCCACUGUCUGUCCGACUGCUGGACCACCCUGGAUAACACACAGAGGCUGCUGUCCACGCUGACUGAGGCCACCCAGUGGUGCGACGCGGUCUCCUCCUCCCCCCUCUCCUCUCCUUCGACCUGCCCCCUCGCCUCGCUCCCUCCCAUCCCUCCGUCCCGUUUCCAGGACGCCCGCUCCUUGGCCAUAGAGCUCGGUGGCGGGCAGCUGCUGGAUCUCUGGACGCAGACCGUAGAGCGCUACCAGCGGACCGUGGCCCAGGUCAAACCCCGGUUCCUCCAGUCCGACAGGAACCAGAAUCAGGGCCCUCAGGGGAAGCCCAAAACGCCCUCCGCCAGCUCCCUGUGGGACCUGAUGGGUCCGGAGGGUGAGGGCGACUGGGGGCUCGGAGCAGGAGGAGGAGGAGGGGAAGGAGGCGGGCUUCAGUCCUGGGGGUCGCUGGCGUCGCUGUUCAGGCCGCAGACCUGCUCGACUCUGAAGAUAGGAGAGGAGAAGGGGAACAAGAAGGACGGGGCAGGAGGAGGAGCGGGAGGAGGGAAGUUUCUGCAGAAUCUUCUAAAUCCCUCUAAGAAAAGUCCGACCGACACCCCGCUUCCUCCCAAGCCUCCGAGGAGACGCCACCCGAGCUUCGACCUCCAGGCUCUCCUCGCUCCCCGCAGAGGCGCGGCCACCCCGAAACCCGAGUCCCCGGUGGGCGGGGUCAGCCGCAGCUCCCCAAUGUCCUGGCUGGGGAGGCGAGCGGUGGCCGACCCGGUUAUCGCCACCAGCAUGGCCGCCGCUAUACCCGGAUGGGGCACGGGAGGAGGAGGGGGAGGGGGAGGGGUGCUAAUCCGAGGUGUGGAGGUUAGCAGUAAGGAGGUGGUGGACCACACGGGGUCGCCACGGCAACAUGUUCUGCUCGGGAGGACUGAGAGAGAGACCGGGACGGAUAGAGCCGGUUCGACCGCUCAGAGUAAGCUCUACCUGCUCUGGUGCCGCAUGCUGAGCUCAGAGAGGCAGUAUGUGACCGUCCUGAGGGGCGUGGAGGAGACCUACCUCCCGCUGCUGGAGCUCUCGGACGCCCCGGCCUCCGUCAGGGGGAAGGCCGACGCACUGUUCCCCAACUGGGCCGGCCUGAGCUCCUUCCACUCGCAGAACCUGCUGCCGGCCAUGGAGGGCGCUCUCGUGCAGAGCUUGUUGCAACAGGACUGCUUCAGCAAAUAUCGGGAGCAGUUUCUGCAGUAUUCACACUACAUCAGGGCCAAACCAGACCUGGACUCUCCGCUGGUCACUCAGGCUGCGGACUUCUUCAAGUCCAAACUCCCCCCGGCCUCCCCGCUCUCCCCGCUCUCCUUCCCUCACUGUCUGCAGGCUCCCACUCAGAGACUGGAGCAGUACUGCGAGGCCCUGGAGGAGCUGGGAGGGAUAAACCCCGCCUCCGACUCCGCCCUCUCCAUCCUGAGACACGCCCAGCGGCACGGCGAGGACCUCCGGGCCAGUGACCUCAUCGCGGGGUGUCCGAUCCCCGUUGCGGAGCGCGGCGAGCUGGUGCGUCAGGGCGAGCUGACGGUGUGCGGGGGAGCUCGGAGGAAGCGAGCUGGUGUCAGGAACAUUUUCCUCUACCAGCACGUCGUCAUCUUCACCAAACAGAAGAGCCCGAGCCCGGGACGCACCGCCUACAGCUACAAACACAGCAUCAAGACGGGUGAGAUGGGUCUGACUCAGAGCGUGGGGGAGGACGGGCUGAAGUUCGAGGUUUGGGUCCGACAGGCUCCUCGAACCAAAGACUUCAUCACGCUGCAGGCCAAGGACCGGGACCACAGGGUGGCCUGGACUCACGACAUCGCCCAACUGCUGUGGACGCACGCCAUCAACAACACGGAGUUGUGUCUGAAGGAGUCGCUGUGCAUGGCCGUUUCCAGUAAGCUGCUGCUGGACGCGACAGGAAGUCCAGGCUCAGAGCUGGACUCCAUCUACAGCCUGAAUGACAGAGUCCACAGUAGCUGCUCAGACUCCUCCUCCGUCGGCAGUCAGAAGGAGGGGGGAUCCCCGGCGUCUGGGAGGGACCCCCGGAGAAGCUCUGGUUCAACAAGUUACUCACAGAGUCAGUCCCCGUCUACGGCUGUGUAACUAUCAUCUCAAUAAAAAAACUGGAUCCUGGACUAUUCUGAAGAUUUGAAAAACAUCUCGAUUCCACCUUCUGGCCGAGCCAUACUGGACUUUCAGAGGAGCAAGAAGACCAAAAAAAAAGAAGAGAGAGAGAGAGAGAGACCCUCUGACUCUGUUUGAACUUCCCCCACAUACUCGCUCUCCCUUCACCUCCCUAAAACAAAUAAAAUGCCAGCAGAUUAGCCGGAGCAGCGCUGCACUGCAUCCCCCCCUUCCAGUUCCAAAGAGAAAAGGCUGCCUCCAAAAAAGGAUCAAAACUGCCCUGUUCAGACCAUGACAAGCACCAGCGGGGGCUCUGCUGUGCGCUUCCGCCAUUUUGGAUCUGCCAGUCUCAGUUGCUGGCAGAGUCAUUGACACCAAAGGCACUUCAGCCACACAGAGCGGCCAUUGUCUGCCCCGCGGCUCCCCCACUAGGCCAAAACCACUCGGUCUGAACCACUGACUGGCUGGCUGGCUGACUGUACACAUCACAUGCUCCAACAUCUGAUAAUAAGACAGGAAGUGAUACAUAUAACGGGGGGCGUAAAUCCACCGUAGGAUGGCAGAUUAGGAAUGUCUUGUGUACUUUUGUGAUUUCUGAAACGCUGAAUGCAGUACUGUAGUGCUCCGUGUGCAGAAAAAACACACGGCAUAGGUCAGGUGUGAUUGCAUCUAUGGAAAUGAGACGCACACAUUGUGUCCCUCUAUACGCAUGCAGUCCGUCUUAUUGUUAUAAGACAGUGGAGCACUAUUCACACGCUCGCUGAGGCUGUUUUUACAGCCUGGUACAGUGACUGCAUCCACAUCUGGACUCGUACAGUUAUCGAGGCCUUGAUGAUGAACGGAGAGGUUUUACAGUUUCAUAUCAUUUUACAGAGUUUGUUUAAGCUGAAAUGUAUCAACAGUGGUAAUUAUUCAAGGGCCAAAUGUAUUAAGUCUUCUUUGAAGUAUAACUUAUGUCAGCUAUAUGAGCUUUUUUUUUACUGCUUUAAAGUGUUCGAAGUGUACUGAAAGGGCACUCAUAAUGAAUUUCAUUUCAUAUCUUUUAAUAUAAGGUGCCAUUCGUUAUAUGCCAAAGGUAUACAAUGGGUGUCUGUGCAAUGUUGAUGAGCGUACAAAGAAGCCUUGUUGUUGUUGUUGUUGUUGCUAAAUCUCGCUCCAUCAAAUGGAGAAAGGUGGAUCUCUGCUAUAUUCCACUUUAACUUUUUGCGUGCUUUCGGCUACAAGUCAUGAACCAUUUUGAUUCUAUUCUGAAAGCCGUACCUCAAAAUCACCUCUAGGACAAGGUUUCCCCCAAACGUCAGACUCUUGAGUCUACGGCUACAGUUCCAAAAAGUGUUAGCAAUAUUUUUUUACUGCCUUAAAUGUUUCAGAAAUAUUGGAAAUUUAGCUGACUUUUUUAUUUUUUUUAUUUUUUUAAAUCGAUAUAUAUCUUUAAUCCGACCUCGUCACAGAGCUAGGCUGAGUCUGUUUCCCGCUGCCUCCAGGCUUCAUGCUGAGCUAGGCUAACAAACUGGUUGCGCUAUUUCCAAAACGGAUCUUUGACAUUAGAGUGGUGCCAAUUUAAUUAUUUAACUUUUUGGCAGCAAAUUGGAUAAGCAUAGCUUUAAUUGAAAGACACCAUUUUAAAGGUCAUUGUUUUGGUCCCUUUGGCGGCCCCUGUGGUGAUUUGUAGUAACUGCAGGUUUUUUUUUUUUUUUUUUUUUAUUAAGAGUAACAAUUGACUCCCAGUGGCAGCAGAGACUGAAAAAAUAAUAUCAGGCUUCAGACCCACUUUUCUUAACCAUACACUACUGGUUGAUGGAAAAGGAAUUUCUCACUCCUCACCACUUUCCCGGGAAUGUCGCCACAAAUACCUUCAUUGUAAUACCAAAUAAUUCUUUAAAAGCCGGAGCUUUAAUCAGUGGACCGAAGGAUUGUCACCAUUGUGGUACCUCGUUUGGCAAGACAUUAUAACUUAACCAACAUUUACAUGAAUGACAGUUUUUGAAAAUGUAUUAGCCUACCUUUUGAUAACAGAUAUCUGCCACCUCCAACACUUCCGCACAAUAGAACGACAUGAUGUAAAACACAUGUUCUACCUGUAUGCUGCUUGUUCAGAGAAAGGUUUCAGUAUUACAUACACUGAUGUAGUUCAUUGUUUAUAACAGUAAGCAUAGUCAGUAAAGCCUGUAAUCAUCCCCUCACAGGCGUUUGAUUGGGUAGCACGUGUACACCUAUCAAACAAUAUCACGCUUAAGGUACAAAAUGAAACCAUCGGGUGGCGAGAGGCGGGCAGCAGCAGCAGCGGGAGGUGAAGCCCGGGUCUGCAGACGGCAGCAGCGACACUUUUGUCGACCGUGAUCAGAUUCAGCACGUUUCAUAUCUGCAUCCAAAUUCAGAAAAUUGCAAAUGGCUAUUGAGCCGUCUCUGAAUCAAUAUGUAAUUUGUUGGCUUCGGAGGAGCCUCGCACACUUCAUAGCCUUUAGCUGUCUGGUACAUUGGGUUAUAUUGGAAGCGAUGUAAUGAACGCCAUCUUUCAUCCGCACCCGCAGUAUGGAUUGUCAUAUGCAGAAAUCCCUCGGUUUUUGUGUGCCACAACGAGGCAGUAUCAUGUAAAGAAACUUAUCCUGCUUUUUUUUUUUGCUAUGACACAUCUGCCUGAUGUUUACAUUUUAUUUUGAAGGAAUGUUUGAAAUGCAUGUUAAGCUUACUUGAUAUUGUACUUUUUUUUUUUUUUACUGUUUUAUAUUCUCUGUGUUGAAUUAAAACUGGAUGGCAAAGUG